CCGUAACACUGCAGCGCAUGCGCACCGAGAACAGCUGCAGUGCAGUGAGUUUAGCCUGAUGUUGAGUUUGUGUUGAUGUAAAAAGGCCAUCAUUAAAGAUUGUCACGCACAUCGUGUAGUUUGUAUACUUGAGUUUGUUUUCAGGCGGAGGUUGGUGUUUAUAGAGAGAAGAGAAGAAGAGCGGCAGAAUGAAUCAGUUUGAACAUUUGAAAGAGGAAGACUCAGCCGAACACGAGGAGAUGAAGGAUCAGAAUGACAUCGACGGAGGAUCAAUAAACAACAAUAAUAACAACAUCAGACGGAAGACUGUAUCUCCUGGUCCAGGUGAACAUCCGCUGCAGUACAACUACACUUUCUGGUACUCGCGCCGCACACCCAGCAGACCCGCGAACACACAGAGCUACGAGCAGAACAUCAGACAGAUGGGAACAGUGGCAUCGGUGGAACAGUUCUGGAAGUUCUACAGUCAUCUGGUUCGACCUGGAGACCUGACGGGUCACAGCGACUUUCACCUCUUCAAAGAGGGAAUCAAACCCAUGUGGGAGGACGAGGCAAAUAAAAACGGUGGGAAGUGGAUUAUCCGCCUGCGGAAGGGCCUGGCGUCACGCUUCUGGGAGAACAUCAUCCUGGCCAUGUUGGGGGAGCAGUUCAUGGUGGGGGAGGAGAUCUGUGGGGUGGUGGUGUCCAUCCGCUUCCAGGAGGAUAUUCUGUCUAUCUGGAAUAAAACCGCCAAUGAUCAAGUGACCACAUCACGAAUAAGAGACACGCUGCGGCGCGUGCUCAACCUGCCGCCCAACACCAUCAUGGAGUACAAGACGCACAACGACAGCCUCAAGGAUAAUUCCAGCUUCCGUAACACGAAGAUCACCUUGUGAAAACCUAGAAAGGAUUUUCAUAUGGACUUACCCCAUGUGCACAUGAAACCAGCGCAGAUGUGCGUGUGCGUGUGCGCGUGCGUGCGUGUGUGUGUGUGUGUGUGUGUGAAGCUCAGAAUGGUGUCUGUUCUGCUCCUCAGUAAGGUGUAUUACA